UACUGUACAAUACGGUGCUGAAAUGGAGUUAGUUUGAAGGUGUAAAAAUGAAACAGCUGGGCAUAUAGCCAUCCUUCGUCCCUUAAGACCUGUCGGAAAAGUUUCAAAUGUGUGAACAGCUAGCAUUUAGAGGAUAGAUUUGUAUAAAGGUAAACAUAGAGCCGGAAUCUGGAGUAGCUUAUCACCGUCGAAAAAUGUCCACAGGGGAUGGAUGGGUUCGUCAGUUAAACUCUGCCGAGGCUGAAUGUGAGUGGAUAGCCGAGAGACUCCGGACUCGUGAUGGACAUCAGAAAGGAAGUCGAGCUUACAUUCGCAACAAUCAAGAUGUAAGUCGAGGUACUAAUCACAUCACGGAUACUAUCCAAGAGCUCACUGAGCUACUCAAUCAACAGUCUAUCACGGGGAAGAUAACGGAACGUGAAGCCAAUCGGCGACAGGCCUUGUUACACCGCCUCGAAUCUCGUUUCGGCGAUCUCCAGCAAAAGGCAAAAAUAAAUACGCAAGAACACUUUCUGAGAAAGGAUCUCUUUGGCGGUUAUGGUUUCGAUGGCGAACUGGCAACGUGGAAAGAAGCACGUUGUUCUGGGGGCGGCGAUUCUGCUGUUUAUUUUGCCACUCAGGAAUCGUUUCAAGCCCAGAAGAACAAUAUACAGGAAUCAGCUCAAGAUGCCGGCCUAGAGCAAUUGUCAUCUAUUAUGUCUCGGACAAAAACAAUGGCGCAAAAUUUUACAACUGAAAUUAAUCUUUGCAACGAGAUUCUUGACGAUGUUGCCGAGCAAAUGGAUACGGCCAACGAACGACUUCUACGAAAUACUGAAAGAACCCAACAACUCGACGUGCGGAGCGGCACUUGUGGACUUUGGGUUGUUGUUACGUUACUAUUUAUUGCUAUUGUAGUUGUUGCACUAAUACAGACCUGAAGUCAAGCGGCAUAAUGAAAAAGAUAAAUCAAAUGAGCGAUGACAGAAUAGUGUGAUAUUAUAAGGAUGAACGUUGUGUGCCUUGCUGACGUUAAUUCAGGUAAAUGCUAAUUAUUAAAGCCACGCAUCGUCUGCGCCGCUACGAAUCCUGUUUAUCAAUGAAGAUCCGAUAAGAACAAGUUCUCCAGUGUGAACCGAAUAUUCGCGAUGCGCUAUAUGGCCAUAGAAACAUCAAAAAAUUUGACUAUUAGGCCAAUUAGUCAAUGUAAGAUAAUUAUUAUUAUUGUCCGAUACAAGUUUUUAAACAUUUGACGUAAACGCUGAAAAUAUGAUGCAAAACUGCGGACUGACAUAAAACAAAAUGGUGGUUGUAUCCGUA